AUGUCGCAGGCGGGGGGCGAUGGAGCCGCCGCGCUGGAGCGCGCCGGGGCCGAGACGGUGAGGCGCGCCGUGGAGCUGGACGUGGCGUCCCGCUUCCAGGAGUCGCUGGUGUGCUACCAGGAGGGCAUCGACCUGCUGCUGCAGGUGGUGAAAGCUACAAAAGAUGAGGUGAAAAAGCAGCAUUACCGGCAGAAGAUAUCAGAGUACAUGACCCGAGCUGAAGACAUUAAAAAAUAUAUCAAAAAAGAGAAGCAAGAUGGCAAAUACCAUAAGCAAAUUAAGAUAGAUGAAAAUGCAACAGGCUUCAGCUACGAAAACCUCUUCCGAGAGUACCUUAAUGAGAUUGUUACUGAAGUUUGGGUGGAGGACCCUUACAUUAGGCAUAUUCAUCAGUUGUAUAACUUCCUACGAUUCUGUGAGAUGCUAGUUAAGGGACCCUGCAAAGUGAAAACAAUUCACCUCCUCACUUCCUAUGAUGAAGGCAGUGGAAAAAAUCAACAGAUAAGUGGCUUGGAAGAAAUAAAACAAUCAUUGAGGAACCAUGGAGUAACACUGAAUAUCUCUUUUUCAUCUUCAAUUCAUGAUCGAGAAAUUAGAUUCAACAGUGGAUGGAUGAUCAAGAUUGGAAGGGGACUUGAUUAUUUUAAGAAACCAGAGGGUCGUUUCAGCAUUGGAUACUGUGACUUUGACUUGCGACCUUGUCAUGAAACAACAGUGGACGUCUUUCAUACUAAACACACAAAGAAAGCAUGAUCACUACUUUUAAGGAAUGUUUUUAGUGGACUGAGGAAAUAAGACUAUAACAAAUGACUUGAAUCCAGCUUUGCAUCAUUAGAAGCAACUCCCUAAUACCUACGUAGUCCAGCACUGACCAGAGAACUUUUAUAAUCUGUGUUUUUAAGAAUGUUCGAGCCUUUUCCUGUCUGAGAAAUUCCAAGAGCUUUUGAGGAAGGAGCUUUAUGACUGACCCUUAAUACAGUCCCUGGAAAGCAUUUUUUACUGUUAUUUCUAUUUUUACUAUUGACUUCUGCAUUUUUUCCCUUAGUUUCUUUAAUUAAUCACCUCAUGAACAUAUGAGACUGGGCUGUAACUUCAGCCCCUCUUUUGUCACUGACGUUUUUAUUUCCUGGAUUCUAAUCAUCACUACGGUUCUCCUGUGUUCUASCUGAUCCUAUAAUACUGAAAUUCAUACCCUACUAGGAAUCCUAAUUCUGACAUUCACUUUUCCAAGCUCUUUAAAUACAAACAUUUUAGUGUUCAGUA